AUGAGCCUCCUGCACCGCACCGAUAAGUUGCUGCACAAAGUGGACGGCAACAAGAAGCCGGUGGCUAAGCGCACCGAAAGCGUCGUCAAGAGACUGCCUCGUCUCAUGACAAAGGCAACGUGUCUGAUAUCCGAGCGCCGGCAGGCGAUCAAGGAGCAACAAGAGCUGCCGAUGAAGUUCCAGUGGGUGCCGAUGGUGUUGUGGAGGUUGUACGAGGAUGUAUCGGGCGCAGUUAAGGAGGAUCAGGAGCUGAAGCCCACGAAGACGGCGCUACACGACGUCAUGAAGACGCUGAAGGACACGAACCCGUUCUUCUACCUGCAGGUUCUGUACCGGCCGCCGCCGCAACAUUUGGACGGCAAGUGGGAGAUCUCAGCGUCGGACAACCUGACGCUCAUUGCGCAGAGUAUGGACCCGUUCUUCCGGGAGCUGAAGAGGAGGUCCUUCGCGCUGAAGAACAAGAGCGACUCGUUUAUUCGGAUCCACCACGGGUGGAACAAACUCAGGUUUACGCUGGCGUUCGCGAGGAGAGCAGCCAGGCACUUCCACUUUUUGAUCUUGCAUUUGUAUGCGCUGGCGAUGGGGUGCGACGUAUCGAAUGUUCACGCUGGGGUUGUCAGUGAGAAGGCGACGAGUGGAAUGCUGCGUGAUGACGCGGAGUUGCGGUCUCGGUUACGGUUAUGUGGCGAUUCGGCGUAUUCGGAGGACAAUUUGACCAAGGAGACGUACGAGUGGACACCGGAACUGCUGGUGUACGUUGAUGAGUGGCGAAGACACCGAGUCAAUAAGCAUGGUGCGCCUUUUGGCUUUGAUCGGCGAGAGGAUUACGGCGAUUUUCUGGCUCAGUUUCCAAUAGGAGGUCGAGAAGACAGACGAAUACCACGGAAACGAGAUGUCUUGGCUGGGAUUGGAUUCCAUCUAUGCAGUGUGGCCUUCGCGUGGAAGGCGUCAAGGUUGGGUACC